AAAGGAUUUAAUUAUUAAAAUUUUUCAAAUCCUGUAUUUAUAAGCAAUUAAAAAAAUAUUCUGAAUCACAAUAAUAAAUUUAUCGAAUGACUGAAGACUCAAAAAAUAGCUAAAACAAGAACACUAAUCCAACCUUCAAUUUCAAUGAAGUAGCAAGCAAGGCUUUUAGGUCAGGUUUAUCAGGAAGCAUGGCUAUGGCUAUCCAAGUGUGCUCUUUAAUGUGGUUAAGAACAACAAUGAAUUACUAGUAUCGUUAUGGAGGCACAAUUGUUGGAACAAUAAAACAUUUAUAUGGUGAAGGAGGGAUUUUGAGAUUUUAUAAAGGUAAUGAAUUUUCAUAAAAUUAAGGUUUGGCACCAGCAUUAUUACAAGGACCAUUGUCUAGAUUUGGAGAUACGUUCGCUAACACUCUAUUCUUGACAUUAAUGGAUUCAUUUGAAUCCACAAGAAAAUUGCCAGUGAUGAUCAGAGCAGCUGGAGGAUCAAUUAUGGCAGGAAUUUUUCGUAUUGCUUUGACUCCAGUUGAUACUGUGAAAACAAUUCUUUAGGUUGAAGGAAAAAAUGGCUUGACUAUUCUUUAAUCCAAAAUAAAAGUCAAAGGAGUACCUGUACUUUAUCAUGGUGCUUUGGCAACAGCAUCAGCAACAAUUGUAGGACACUAUCCAUGGUAUUUGAAUUGAUUAACCCAUAGGUUUGCUACUUUCAAUCUCUUAAAUGAAAAACUUCCUGAUUAUACAGAUAAGAAGAAAAAAUUAGCCAGAAGAGCAUUUAUUGGAUUUUGUAGUUCAGUGAUAUCUGAUACAAUCUCAAAUUCUCUUAGAGUUAUAAAAACUACAAAGCAAACUAGCCAAAACCCAAUAACUUAUAAGGAAGCAGUCAAUUUAGUAUUAGAGAAAGAUGGUUUAAAGGGAUUGUUUGGAAGAGGUUUGAAAACUAGAAUUCUUACAAAUGGCUUACAAGGAUUACUAUUCAGUGUCCUUUGGAAAGGAUUUGAAGAUUUUCUUAAUAAAAGAUCAUAACAAUAGUGAUUAGAUAUGCUAUUUUAUAUAUAUUAAUUAUUAUUUUAUUGUAAAU